AUGACAGACAAUGUUGGCGACCUCAAGAAGCAGACUGGCGCGCUGCAAUCAAGCGUCAACAGUGUAGCGAAAUCAGCAGGCAGUACACCAGCAUCGAAGAAGACAGUCGGUUCUACUCCAGCCAAGGCCACACAAUCCGCUGCAUCGAAGACGACACCCGUUUCUUCUGUGAAGAAGGCCGCUGGCACAGCUACCCCGGCUGCUAAGCCGAGGACACCAUUAGGUACACAAAAGAAGCUACCUAUUCAAAGGACUCCUGCGGCAGCCGCAGAGACGAAGCCUGCUGCCACUACAUCGGCUACGCCAACCAAAUCUGCUGCAACACCUAUCAAGAAGACCGCAGCUACCACCACCUCCACAGGAAAGGCGGUAGUUAGCAAUGUCUCGAAGCCUGCAGCUACCAGCGCCGCAGACACAACUACCACACCAGUAAAGAAAGUCCCUAGGAAACUCAACGCUGCUGGUGCUUCCAAGCCCGCCAGCGCAGUAAAGACCGGCACCGGACCAACGCCCACCAAGACGACAGCGAACCCGUCAAAAUCAGCGGCAAACCCAGCGACUAAGACUGCUUCCACCCCGGCGAAGGCUACUCCCGUGAAGAAGAACAUCGAUGGUACGUGGCCAACCCCUCUCUCCGUGAUUCGUGCUCACCCGGCCCCAGGCCAAGCUGCCUCUGCGCCCAAGAAGAACGUCGUGUCCCGCGGCGUCGGCGCAGCCUCGAGCGCUGCCAAUACAACAGUUAGCGCUACGACAGGCCUCGUGAAUACAGUCGGCGACUCUGCGACAUCGGGUCUAAACUCCGGUGUAAAUGCCGCAACGGGCGCCCUGGGCAAUGGCCUUGACAGAGUCCCCGGGGGCGUCGGCAAGCCUGUCAAGCAUGUAACGGAUAAUGUUGGCAAGACUGUUACGGGUGCUUCGGAUAACCUGUAUUACACUGCUGGCGCGACGACAAAGGGCGUGCAAGGCACAGUGUCCAAGACUACUGGCGCGCUGAGCAAAGGCGAUGUGCGAGGUACUGUUGCAGGCGCUACAUCUGGCGUCGGCAACACUGUCAAGGGCGCUGGGAAGGGGUUGGGGAAUACAGUUGGUGACGGACUUGGUGGUGUGGGCAAGACCGUCGGUGGCCCUGUGGGUGGCGUGGUUGGGAACGUAGGAAAAGGCGCAUCGAACGCCGUCAGCGGCAUAACCGGCGGACUCGGCGAUGGCGUAGGCAAGCUCGGAAAAGGCGAUGUGAUCGGGGGCCUCGGCAGCACACUCGGUGGCGUAGGGAAGGGCGUAGGCGGUCUCCUCUCAGGCGUGACUGGGUAUGGUCAGAACGAGGGCGAGAAGGUGGAUGCGCCGGAAAGCAAGAAGGAAGGGCAGUUCUUCUGA